AUGAGUCAGAAGUUUUCCUGCGAGCACUGCCCCCAAACAUUUGCCCUCCACGAUUUGCUUAAGGCCCACAUCCGUUCCACUCAUGCUGCCUCAGCCUUUUUGCAACAGCAGCGGAACUUUCGUUGUGCUGUGUGCGACAAAGGCUUCACGCAGCGGACAAACCUACGUACGCACGAGCGUGUGCACUCUGGCGAACGUCCCUACAAAUGCACAAUGUGCACAAAGGCGUUCUACCAACGUACCAACCUGCGCAACCAUAUACGCACACACACCAACGAGCGUCCAUAUGUUUGUACAGAGUGUGGACGUGCUUUUACACAACGGGGCAACCUCUACCUGCACGAACGGAUUCACUCUGGGGUGCGUCCAUUUGAAUGUAACGUGUGUCACCGCACGUUUACGCAGAAAGGCAACCUGAAAAGUCACUCGAAGACCCAUGAAAAGAAGAAAGAGAUUCGAGAUGGAGAUCUACCAGUGGCCCUGGAACCAUCCCCAAGUGCACCGCCGUCUGAUAACCACAGCAGUGUAUCAUUCUCUUGCAAUGAAUGCCAAAAGGUUUUCCAUCGUCGGUCCUUGCUGAAAUGCCAUGAGAAAACACAUCAGAUACAGCGAGCAAAUGCUACAAGCGAUGCUGAUGUUCUCUUGGAAACGGUAGCAGCAGCAGUAGAGGCUACCAAAAGCCGAAAAGUUCCUGUCAUUGAAAAGAAAGUGUCAGUUAUUGAAUCUGGAGCUACCCAGAUGCCUGUGUCUGUGCCACAUCAACCGAGUAGCCAUGUCUUUCCUGACCGUUCCUCAUCCUGA